CGCUGAGCGGUGACAUUGAGGGGAAUCUGUCAGGGCUGAGGUCGAGCUUGCCAUGUGGGGCCGCGCUGGUGGGGGUGUUAAACUGCUGGGAAGAAAUAUUCCCUCAGUACUGAGGAUGACUAAAGAAGUAGAUCUGAAGAUAAGCAGAAGGCUUUGCAUUAAGCCCCAGGAAGAAAGUAAUCUUCAGCCAAGAAGUGGGUCUACUUUGAGGGUGCCUGGACACAAGCCGACAGACUGGGAGAAAAGAUUUUUGUUGUGGGCAGGCAGUUUCAAAAAGCCAGAGGAUAUACCAGAGACAGUCUCGAUUGAAACAAUCAGAGCAGCGAAGACCACACUGCGGGUGAAGUUCAGCUACGUAAUGAUUGCCGUGACAAUAUUGGGAUGCGUAGUCAUGGUGAUCAGAGGGAAGCAGGCUAUGAAAAGGCACGAAACUCUUACCAGCAUAAACUUGGAGAAGAAAGCUCACUGGAGAGAGGAAGUUACUGAGAGUACAUCUGCUAAAUGAAGAGAUCAAGGACUGGGGAAGAAAAGCUGAGUCAUCUUCAGGCUGGGAGGAGGAUAUAGUCACAUCUUUUCUGUAUGCCUGGUACCUUCUUGUUCAAGAGAAGAAAAAAAAAAUGCAGAUUUUCCUGUAAUCAAUAAAAGCAGAAAUACCUAUUUUCUUUUCCUAACAACCUCCCCUUUCCUCCAAACUCUCCUCUUCAUGGUUAGUGGAACAGGACAAAUGAGCAAACUAGACAGACACAAUAGUUGUUUCCCACAUGUGCUAUGCACUAGACUAAGCAUGUUUUAAAUGAACGCAGUAUCUGUACCUGUAUUUUUGUUGCCAGUCUCCUUUAUGAAGCCUUAUGCUCUUACUUGCACUUAAAAAGGAGGCAGAUCAACAGAGAAAUGUCAUUCCAGAGAACCACUGUGUUGCAGAUGACAACCCUGUGGGUUUUCUUUUACCAGAGCUGGUAGUGAGAUGAAUGUCCAAGCUAAAGGAACAGAAAUGACUAGAGGAAUACUGAACAAUUGCUUUCAACUAUGUGAUCACAUUUGUUAGAGGCACACAAGUAGAAAAAAGUCUUAUCAGGUGUGUCUGCUCUCUGCUGCUCAGCAAUUUCUUCCAAACUAAGAACCUUAGAAUCAUUUUAGUUGGAAAAGACCUUUA